AUGAGAAGCGAAUCAUAUGCAGUUCCUGAUAUACAUCGAUCCAACAACACAAAGUUCCAGGGAUAUGCUUGUUCAUACAUGGCACACUGCUGUCUCUUGCCAUUUUAUGACAUUUUCGCCCCUGGAGCUGUUUUGAAGCUACUAAAGAAACAGGAUGUCCCAACUGGUGAGCUACCAAGGAACAUGCUUUUAUCUGUAGACAAACAACUUGUACAAACAAUUGUUCCUGAUACAAGAUUGACUAUAAUGGGAUUUUACAGCAUAUUUCAAGCUUCAAAGACAUCUACAUCUCACAAAGGAGUAAUUGCUAUUAGACAACCGUAUAUAAGAGUUGUUGGAAUAGAAGAAACAAAUGAAGCUACAAUUUAG